AUGAGAACACAGUGCUGCCGCCUUGCAUGCAGCGCAGGCAGCGAGGCCGCCGGCAGGGAUCAGCUUCGGACGCGCUCGUCUCCCAUGCAACGCGCGCGUGAAGCGCGCGGGGCGCGCGGGCGGCUCAAGGCGAGGAUAAACGGUGCUCCGCGCACCUGCUUCAGCGCACGCGCGGCUGAUUCGUCCUGCGGUUGCAGCACUGGAGGCAGUCCGGUGGCAGCUGCUGCUGCGGAUGUGACAGCAGCGGGGGGAACAGCUGGGUGUGACAGUAUCGAGCGAAUCGCAGAGCUGAUUCGCCGCACGCACGCACCUGAGCGCGAUGCGCGUGGCAGCGCAGGACACGAGGAGGGCGCAGCAGAGAGGGGGAGUACGGCGGUGGACGAGGGGCAUGGGAAUGGGCCACUGCAGUCACUGGAGGCGGGGCGGUGGGUGAAGCUCAUCUGCGGGGCCAGCUUCGAGGACGUGGCAGAUGUGCGCAACCUCGCAUUUAUCUACACCCUCGCAGGCGUGGACUGCAUCGACUGUGCGGCAGAUCCAGCAGUGGUGGCGGCAGCAAGGGACGGCAUCAGUGCCGCCAUGGCCUGGGCUGCACGCACCCUCAGGGAUGGGCCCGUGUAUGGGGUGGAGGCGGCAGCAGCCCAGAGGGACGGGCGCGUGGGGGAAGCAGCAGGGGAGCUGAGGGGUGGGGGGGUGGGGGAGGAUGCAGGGGAGGGGCUGGGGGACGGCAGGGUUGGAGGGGGGGAUGUGGAGGGGGGCAGGCGGCCGUGGGUGAUGGCGCACUGCAUUGCAGCAUGGCACGCUGCAUCGGGCAGUGUCAUGUCAUCGAUGCCACACCUCCCCUUGAAUCACAACAGCCUCACCAACUGCUCUCACUCUCUCAUCCAUUCUCCUCCUCCUCCCUUCUCUCUGCCCUUUCCCUUCCUACCUGCCCCCCCUCAUGUGUGUGUCUCUCGCCUUCUCCCCCCCUUGCCCCCAUCAGCGGCGGAGGAGCACCAGCGAACAGAGCAGGACACGUUGGCACUCUUGAGAAGCGGGCUGGUAGAUGCCAUCGAAAUACACACUCUCCCAGGCCACGUGGACGAGUUCAACGCCUUGUGGGCAUCCAUCGGUGAAGCAGCUGGCGCUCUCAAGCUCGUUGCCGUGAGUCUGCCAGACCUGGGGGACAGCAUGCCGGCUGCCAUGCAUGCCAUGCACCGCACCAUGCUGCCACACCUCACUGCUGCUAACCUCUGGCAGUUGGAUGGUCGGCCCAUGAGUGGGGACAUAGGUGCCGGAGCCACACGUGCCGCAAUCCGAUUGGCUGCCCGAGUGGCUGCAAUCCAUGACAGGCCGCCAGGUUACUUGCAGAUAGCAGGUGGGACCAACAGUCACACUUUCACCGCGUUACAACAACAAGGGCUGCUGCCUGCUUCCGCUUCUGAUCCUGAGCGCAAAUUUGCAGGUGUGGCGUUCGGCGGGCAUGCACGCAAGAUCCUGGCUCCAGUCCUAGCCCAUCUUGAAGCCGCCGUGCCAACCAGUGAAACCACGGCUGCUGCAGCCGCACCAGCCAUCGCCACAUCAAUGUGUCCCUCGCACAUUGAGAGCCACCCGCCUCUUCUGCUACAGGCACUGGACCUCGCAUGUGCCCUGGUUCAUCCGUACAAGCUGCAUUCUCUGACAUAG